AAGCUAACAUUCAGUCAACAUCUGGCACCCAGUCGCGUCGCGAAAGUGAACUCAAAUACAAAACAGCGGGAGUUCCCCUUGCGGAAGCAGACGUUCCCCGAUCAUUAUCAACGCGCAUCGCUGAACGCUAUUAGCAACAAAAAACACAAUUGGAUAUUAUAACCUUAACAAACCAAAGCCGGGGACCACCGUCGGAUUGCUCAUCACCUAGCAGCCAUUUCCAGAGAGCCGUAGGCCGCGAGCGACCCGAACUGAGCACCACACAAACAUACACACAGAGAGAUAUACGAGUAGAGAUACAGAGAAUGAGCAACUGCUAACCGGACUACAGCGGCGGUGAUUUUUGCCUGGUUGAUUAGCAGUGGAAAGAAACGACGAAAACUGAGGUAAUUCACACAAAAUGGGCGUGCGUGUGAUAGAGGCUGAUUCGGCCAGUGAUUCGUAUGACGAUGACGACUGUUCGAAGUGCAACAAAGAGCAACAUAAAGCACCGAAUAAGCCCAAGAGUGGCAAUGGCAAGAGGAGCCCUUCGCCACCAGAGGGUGCCAGCUAUAUCAGCAAGGAUCUGGUGGGCAACUGCAAGGAGUACCGCAUCGAGAAUAAUACCCGGGAUUUGCGUAUCAUCGGCAAUUGCAACCGGAUAAGGAUUGUCAGCAACACGGGCUAUCUUCAGGUCAUCGGCAACGCCACCAGAUUGAAAAUCCAGAGCAAUAGUGGGUCCAUCAAGUAUACGGGGAAUGACGGACGCAUCUACUUGGGCAGUGAUUCCCAGCAGCAGAGCGUCGACUACACAGGCUGCAAUGGCCUCUUGAAGGUGGUGAAAUCUCUGGAUCUCGAAAGCAGCGGAAAGAAGCCCAGCAAGCGUACCCACACCCCCAAAUUCAAGGAGACGCCCAAGCAGACGCCAUCGAUGGGUAUUGAGAUCGACAACAAUCUCACGAUUGUGAAUGGCGUGGCCGGGAAUAUUGUGAUCAAGAAUGCCAUCAAUGUGAGCAUAUGAACCUAGGAGGAGAGGAGACAGGGAGCUCUCAAAGUCAACCUGGCCAAAGACUAAUAAUGUAAUUGUUUCUUGCCUCUGUACUAAAUGGUUCCUACCGACUGUAGUCAUUAGUCCUAUAUUAUGCAAAUUCCGACUGCUACAAACAUAACACUCAGCAUUGUAAAGUAUUAUACGCCAAGUAGUUAAUGAUUAAGUGCACAUUGAUUAGAGCUACUUUUAUAGCCGUAGCAUACCCCAUAAUGAAAAAAGAUUGUGCUUCAUUCCAAGAAUGAAUAAUCUGAUUAAAUAAACCACAAUAUUAAUAUACAAGAAA